CAGAAACAAAAGCCUUCCUCUAACCAGGCAGCUUUUUACCACGAGAGCAUUCACUCUGUUCGCCGCAAAUAUGAAAUCGACCAUGCAAGAACCCAACAAUGUGGACAAGUUGUCGAUCAUGCUCCUCCGGGAACAUUAGAUGGGCCACGUGACGUAAAGCGACCACAAUGGCGCGCAAGAGCUACAAAAAGUCUCGUGAUGGGUGUAAGGAAUGCAAGAGGAGACAUGUCAAGUGCGACGAGACGCGGCCCAGAUGUAUAAAAUGCACCUUUUCCGAUCGGCAAUGCGUCUAUUCCAUACCAGCACUCAGUCGAUCCUCCAGUGCACUGUCUUCAUUCACUCAUGAUGCCUCGUCGACCGAUCAAAGUCCCACAAGUGUUGCCCUUUCGCAGCCUCGACCGGCGGCGUCGCCUGAGGGGAACACAUCCGUCCUCUCGCCUGUGGCUGUACAAGCUGCAACAUCAUGCUUGGCUUCCGAUGUCAACAUGCUACAUCUCGAACUUUUCUACCAUUAUGAACGUGAAACUUGCCUGACAGUUUGUUGGAACUCGGCCCAUAUCGACAUCUACCGCCGCACAAUCAUUCGUCUUGCGUUUCAACGCUCUUUUCUCAUGGAAGCCAUUCUGGCCUUAUCCUCCUUGCAUCUUUCCUUGAAGCGUCCACAGUCGUGUGAGUUCUACCGCGCCACAGCUACUGCUCUGCAGUCCUCGGCGCUAGAGGGGUUCCGCUCAAUCUUCCCGCACGAUGUCGAUCGUUCGAACGUUUUGGAUGUCCUCCUGUUCCAGCACGUCAUCGCCUUGCACGUCUUUUGCGAUACCUUUAGUAUCAUUGAUGAUGAUUACACCCAGUUUAUGGAUCGCUUAAUCAGCUGUAUAAGGCUCUUGCGAGGGAUCGACUCUGUCACCCAAGACUGGUGGGAUUUUCUUUGGCAGUCAGAAAUCGGCAUUAUCAUGCAGACUUCCCAUAUCCAUCAGCACAAUACCGAAUACCAAUCGCGUGGUGAAUGCAACAGACUUCGAGAACUCAUCAGUUUUGCUGAUAUGAGCCCCACGUCAAUCGCCAUUUGUACGGAAUCACUCUCGCGGCUUCAAAGCUUCCUCGACGCCGAGAACGCGCUCGGCGAGGCGGUAAAAGAGAGUACAAAUAUGAUCUUCUCUUGGCUCAUCAGCGCACAGCCCGAGUUCGUCGACCUUCUCGAGUCACGACGACCUGAAGCAUUAGCAUUGCUCGCGUCUUAUGCCGUCAUACUGCAUCGAAGGAGAGGAAGUUGGGUGAUUGGCGACUCAGGCAGGAAAUUGCUGAAGCAUAUCAACGCGUAUCUCGGAAAUCGGUGGCAGGAGUGGCUGAGCUGGCCUACAAGUGUUAUUUCUUCUGAUGAGAUGUCACCAGAAAUGCUGAGUAAAUAGUUGGAUCUCGCAGUUCCCCAAAUUUACUCGGCCGACGGCGUGCAAUUUGGAGGGACUGCUGAACCGAGAAAAUAUAGUCUGACACCCGG